UGUAGAUGCACUUGAGGACACUUGGAGCAACAUUUUUUAUAGAUUUGAAUAAUAGGAAGAUCUGCGAUGGCCAACCACAAUGGUUUGAUUACUGAUGUGGAUCUGAGGAGUCAUGAAAACAACUUGGUUCAUCGCACCAGGGAGAUUGAUAGGGAGCGCCUGAUUGUCCGCAGGGGUCAGUCCUUUUCCAUAACUUUACAGUGCUACAAGUCUUUGCCCCCGAAACACCAUCUCGAACUGAUCCUGCACCUUGGAAGUAAAGACGAGUUGGUGAUAAAAGUUCAGAACGGCCGUGGGGCCGGGGUCAAGUGGUGGUUUAAGCAGCAGAGAGUGCAGGAUGAAAUGUUGCUAACUCUGCACAGUCCAGCGGACGCUAUCAUUGGCCAUUACCACAUGACUGUGUUGAUGAUGUCACCUGAUGGACACAUUUUAGAGAAAACGGAUACAUUCAGUUUCCACCUGCUCUUUAACCCUUGGUGCAAAGAUGAUGUAGUGUACCUUCCUGAUGAGAGUCUCCUUCAGGAGUAUGUUAUGAAUGAAGAUGGGAUCAUAUUCAUGGGCACCUGGGAUAACAUCAACAGUAUUCCCUGGAAUUAUGGACAGUUUGAGGACUAUGUGAUGGACAUCUGUUUUGAAGUCCUUGAUAAUUCCAAGGAUGCCCUGAAAAACUCAGAAGUGGACAUUAAGCAGAGAUAUGACCCUAUCUACGUCAGCCGGAUGGUGACUGCAAUGGUGAACUCUAAUGGAGAUAGGGGAGUGUUGACCGGUCGCUGGGACGACUCGUACAGUGGCGGAGUCGCACCAAACAAAUGGACCGGCAGUGUGCCGAUCCUCCAACAGUGGAGCAAGGCCGGGGCAAGAGCGAUCAAAUAUGGCCAGUGCUGGGUGUUUGCUGCCGUCGCCUGCACAGUGCUGCGCUGUCUGGGAAUCCCAACACGCCUCAUAACCAACUUUUCUUCAGCACAUGAUGUUGAUGCAAACCUCUCAAUAGAUGUCCUGCUGAAUGAAAAACUGGAAAGCCUUGACGGGAGAAACAAGAGAGACAGUAGCUGGAACUUCCACUGUUGGGUCGAAUCCUGGAUGAAGAGAGAUGAUCUCCCCAAAGGAAAUGAUGGCUGGCAGGUUUUGGACCCCACCCCUCAAGAAUUUAGUGAUGGUGAGUUUCGCUGUGGUCCGUGUCCAGUGACAGCCAUCAAGGAGGGAAAUCUGGGAGUUAAGUAUGACACUCCUUUCGUAUUUGCUGAGGUGAAUGCAGACAUCGUCUACUGGAUCGUCCAUGAAGAUGACCAGCGGCAGAGGAUCAGAGUGGAUCAGGCAAGUGUGGGGAGGAACAUCAGCACCAAAAGUGUUUAUGGCGACUACAGAGAUGAUGUCACUCAACACUAUAAAUAUUCAGAAGGCUCAAAGAAGGAGAGAGAGGUGUACGAGAAGGCGGGACACCGGGUCACAGAGCCGACCAAUGAGAUCACAGAACAAGGACAACUGAAGCUGUCAAUCAAGCCUUCCAGGCCUGUACUUGGGACAGACUUUGAUGUGAUUGUUGAGGUGAAGAAUGAAGAAGCCAGAGAAGCUCAUGCUCAGCUCACCAUUCUGGUCACGGCUGUAACUUACAGUUCUCUACACCAGGGAGAGUGCAAAAGACAAACAAUGAGUGUGACGGUGCCAGCUCACAAAGCCCACAAGGAAGUGCUGCGUCUGCACUAUGAUGACUAUGUUGGGUGUGUUCGCGAUCAUCAUCUGAUCAGGGUGAAAGCCUUGCUAGAGGCUCCAGGGGAGAAUGAACCCAUCAUGGCUAUGGCCAACAUCCCGAUGAGUAUGCCUGAACUACUUGUAGAGGUGCCUGGGAAGGCUGUAGUAUGGAAACAAGCGACUGCCUUCAUCUCCUUUACCAAUCCUCUACCAGUUCCUCUGAAGAGUGGCGUGUUCACUGUGGAGGGGGCCGGCCUUCUGUCUGCCACUGAGAUCUAUGUUAAAGGGGCUAUAGCUCCAGGCCAGAAAGUGUCGGUCAAGCUCUCGUUCUCUCCCUUGCGGAAAGGGGUCAGGAAGCUACUGGUGGACUUUGACUCAGACAGGCUGAAGGAUGUGAAGGGAGUUGCCACUGUGAUUGUCCGCAGAAUAUAACCCGCUGUAAUUCCUGGAUGUCUUUUAAAAAAAAGUAGAAGUGAAUGAACCAAUGUAUUAUGAGAUGAAUCAACAUUUCAUGGAUGAAAGAGGAGGAACUCCCCAGUUUAAAUAUAGACCUUAUUGGCAAAUAAAUACCAGACACGGAGUUAGUUAACCUUAAAGCCACUAUAUAAUAAACUUAAAUAUCUCUGACUUUGCAUUAUGUCUGGCACUAGAAGCCUGCAUUGAAAUGCACAGAAAGACGGCCUUUAGAUGAUAGACUAAACAUUGGUUUUUUUUAUGUUUCUCCUCUGUAAAAUUUCUGUUAAUUCUUACUUGACUACAUGGCCAUGUUUUUUCCUGUCUUCAUUCCCUUAACCUCGUACAAAGAGCUGUGUUUUAGACCCUGAUUGUGAAAUUAAAAGAAACAUAACCAUCAGGGCCCUCACUCUUGAGCUGCAGGGUUAACAUAUUGUGCUUUGUUGGUUGUACUUGUGGAAAAUUAUCUGCUGUAUGUUUUGAUUCUUAAUUACCUUUUUUGCACUGUUUCCAAUCCCAUUUAAGUUUAAACAUGAUUGGAAGAAACUAUAUUUUUUUCAUUAAAUUAAAUCCUAAAUGUAUGUUUUUUGUUAUAAUCUUGUGUGUUCAAGCUGUUAUGAUAAACACUGCCGGCCAAAAACAAAGGUCACAAGCCUGUGGGGGCAGUGCUAUGAUCUGGGGUUGCUGCAGUUGGUCUGGUCUAGGUUCAGCAACGUUAUGUGCCCAAAGAAUGAGGUCAGCUGACUACCUGAAUAUACUGAAUGACCAGGUUAUUCCAUCAAUGGAUUUUUUCUUCCCUGAUGGCACGGGCAUGUUCCAAGAUGACAAUGCCAGGAUCCAUCAUAGCAAAUGCGUGCCGUAAUCAAAGCUAAAGGCGGUCCAACA